UUCCACAGCUGCCACACAAGUUUCUACAUCCGAGCAGUUGCUUGACUCGUAACGAACAAAACUCAUUACAAAGAAAAGGACUUUUAACUAGGUUUUUUUUUUUUUAUUAAAGAAAAUUAAUUUACAGUAGACAAUAAGUCUUCAUCAUGAACAGUCUGAACCAACAGUAUGAGGAGAAGGUGCGUCCCUGCAUUGACCUCAUUGACUCUCUCCGCUCUCUGGGAGUAGAGAAGGACCUGGCGCUGCCUGCUAUCGCCGUCAUCGGAGACCAAAGCUCGGGGAAGAGCUCCGUGCUGGAGGCGCUGUCAGGGGUGGCUCUGCCAAGAGGAAGUGGCAUUGUGACAAGAUGUCCUCUGGAACUGAAGAUGAAGAGAAUGAAAGAAGGAGAGGAGUGGUAUGGAAAGAUAAGCUACCAGGGCAUUGAGGAAGAGAUAGAGGACCCUGCAGAUGUGGAGGAGGAAAUUAGAAAAGCUCAGAAUGAAAUAGCUGGGGUUGGCGUGGGCAUCAGUGAAGACCUCAUCAGUCUGGAGAUCGGUUCUCCUGAUGUUCCAGACCUGACCCUCAUUGACCUGCCCGGCAUCGCCAGAGUGGCUGUAAAGGGACAACCAGAGAACAUUGGAGAGCAGAUAAAGAGACUGAUCCAGAAGUUCAUCAAUAGACAAGAAACCAUCAGCUUGGUGGUUGUUCCAUGCAACGUGGACAUAGCAACCACUGAGGCUUUGAAGAUGGCACAGGAGGUGGAUCCUGAUGGAGAGAGGACUCUGGGUAUCUUGACCAAGCCUGACCUGGUGGACAAAGGCACAGAAGAGACAGCUGUUGAGAUUGUCCAUAACGAGGUCAUCCCCCUGAAGAAGGGCUACAUGAUCGUCAGAUGCAGGGGUCAGAAGGAGAUCACAGAGAAGGUGUCUCUUACUGAAGCGAUGGAAAGAGAGAAAGCCUUCUUCAGGGAUCACGCAUAUUUCCACACUCUCUACAAUGAAGGCCAUGCAACAGUUCCAAAACUGGCUGAAAAACUCACAAUGGAGCUGGUGCAUCAUAUUGAGGCUUCUUUGCCUCGACUGGCAGAGCAGAUAGAGGAGAAACUAGCUCAGACUCAGGCAGAGUUGGAGAAGUAUGGCAGUGGACCUCCAUCUGACGCAGCAGAGAGACUUUUCUUCCUCAUCGAUAAAGUGACAGCAUUCACUCAGGAUGCCAUCAGUCUGACUACAGGAGAGGAACUCAAGUGUGGAGACAAGCUCAAUGUCUUUUCUACACUCAGAAGAGAGUUUGGGAAGUGGAACGCCCACCUGGACCGAUCAGGAGAAAAGUUUAACAAGAGGAUUGAGAAGGAGGUGGAGGAAUACGAGGAGAAGUACCGUGGAAGAGAACUGCCGGGCUUCAUCAACUACAAGACCUUUGAGGUCAUGGUGAAGGAGCAGAUCAGACAGCUGGAAGAACCAGCUGUCAAGAAACUUAAAGAUAUAGGAGAUGCUAUUAGGAAGGUGUUCAUACAGCUGGCGUGCAGUAGCUUCAUUGGAUUUCCUAACCUCAUCAAAGCAGCCAAGGCAAGGAUUGAAACCAUUAAGCAGCAAAAAGACUCCACUGCUGAAUCCAUGCUGAGAACCCAGUUCAAGAUGGAGAUGAUUGUUUACUCCCAGGACAGGACCUACAGCAGCAGUUUGAGUGAGAUCAAGAGAGAGGAGGAGGAGGAGGAGGAGGAAGACAAACUGAAAAGGCCUUUUUCUGCAGUACGGAGCAUUGUGUACAAUAGGGAUAAUUAUGCAACACUCCAGGAGCUGAUGCUGCACCUGAAAUCGUAUUACAAAAUUGCCAGCCAGCGUCUGGCUGACCAGAUCCCACUGGUGAUCCGCUACCAGAUGUUGCAGGAGUCUGCCGCCCAGCUGCAGAGGGAGAUGCUGCAGAUGCUUCAGGAUAAAGAGAAUAUGGAGUUCUUGCUGAAGGAGGAUUGUGACAUCGGCACCCAGAGGACUGGUUUGCAGAGUCGCCUUAAACGCCUCAUGAAGGCCCGCACAUACCUGGUGGAGUUCUAGA